CUCUCCCUGCUCUUAGGAACAGCUCAGGCAUGCAGAAUGCCCCACAAGAUCGGGUUUGUAGUGGUCAGCUCUUCUGGACAUGAAGACGGCUUCAGCGCCCGGGAGCUGAUGAUCCACGCGCCAACAGUCAGUGGGUGGCGGUCACCAAGAUUCUGCCAGUUUCCACAAGAAAUUGUCCUUCAGAUGGUGGAGAGAUGUCGAAUAAGAAAGCUCCAGCUCCUUGCUCACCAGUAUAUGAUUUCAAGCAAAAUUGAGUUUUACAUCAGCGAGAGUUUGCCGGACUACUUUGUACCUUACCAGACAGAGCGCUUCCGCAGGCUGGGCUAUGUGUCCCUCUGCGACAAUGAGAAGACAGGCUGCAAAGCCCGGGAGCUAAAAUCUGUGUACGUGGAUGCCGUGGGGCAGUUUCUUAAGCUGAUUUUUCACCAAAACCAUGUGAACAAAUACAACAUCUACAACCAGGUUGCUCUGGUUGCAAUAAAUAUCAUUGGAGACCCUGCGGAUUUUGGCAGUGAAAGCAAGCUUACAUCCAGGGAGAAGCUGAUGGACCAUUACCUGGGGCACAGCCCUGAAGACCCGGCGCUGGAAGCCACUUACGUGGGGCGGUCCGACUACAUCUCUCCCCUGGACGACCUGGCCUUUGACAUGUACCAGGACCCCGAGGUGGCGCAGAUCAUCCGCAGACUGGACGAGCGGAAGCGGGAAGCUGUGCAGAGGGAGCGCUACGAUCAUGCCAAGAAACUGAAGCAGGCCAUCGCAGACCUGCAGAAGGUCGGUGAGCGCCUCGGGCGUUACGAGGUGGAGAAGCGCUGCGCGGUGGAGAAGGAGGACUACGACCUGGCCAAGGAGAAGAAGCAGCAGAUGGCGCACUACCGGGCCCAGGUGUACGAGCAGCUGGCCCUGCACGGCCUCCUGCAGGGCGAGCUGGAGGUGCAGAGGCCACUCAAUCUGCCCCUCCAGCCCCUUGCCCAUGCCAACAGCCCUCGCUGCCGAAAGCCCGAGCCCUCACUCCCCCUGCCACAAGAGAUGUAUCCAGAAAGCCAGCCCGCAGACCCUCUCGUCCAGGAGCAGCCUGCGUCACCUGUUCUGACUCCUCCACGGCGCUCGGCAGCAGACCAACCACCGCCUGUCCUGGGCCCCGGCCCACAGAGCGCAGUGGAGGCCCUGCCCUAUGACGAGCGGCCACUUCCCGCCACCCGCCAGCAGCCCCAACCCAGGGACGGGGAUGCAUGGGCAGAGCCAGAAGUGAGCGAGGCCCAGGCCAGCGCUGCCCGGAGAGGAGGCCUAGCUGGGGAGCCAGAGCCCUUGACAGAGAAGGCUCUGCGAGAGGCCAGCGCUGCCAUCGACGCCUUAGGAGAGGCCUUGGUCGCAGGGGCCUAUUCCAGGACCUGGUCCUACCGUGAGGACGCGCUGCUCAUGCUCUACAAAAAGCUAACGGAUAUGCCCACCGGAACCCCGAGGGAGGGUGCUAAGAACGCAUUCAGGGCGGCUGUGUCCCUCGUCUGCAGAGCCAUCAAGGAUCCCGUGACCUCGGUCUUUCAGGCUUCUCUGAAGCUGUUGAAAGUGCUCAUCACCCAGUACGUACCCAAACACAAGCUGGGCAGACCGGAAAUCGCACACUGCGUGGAAAGGACCAUGCCCGCCCUGCUCGCCAGAACAGGGGACUCCUGCGCCCGUCUCCGUGUUGCGGCCUCCAACUUCAUUCAGGAGAUGGCGCUGUGCGAGGAGGUCCGGGCGCUGCAGAUGGUCCCAUCCUACUUGGUGCAGCCGCUGAAGCCCAACUGCUCGGCCCGCCUGGCCAUGAGUCAGAUGGACCUCCUGGCACGGCUGCUGCGAGACCUGGGCACUGCGGGCACCGGCUUCAACGUGGACAGCGUGAUGAGGUUCACUGUGAGCGCCCUGGAACACAGGGUGUACAAGGUCCGGGAGACGGCAGUCAAGGUCAUCCUGGACAUGUACGCACAGCACCAGGCCCUGGUCCUUGAGUUCCUCCCUCCAGAUGACAGCAGCUCACGCAGGAAUCUCCUCUACAAGACCAUCUUUGAGGGGUUUGCCCGCAUAGAUGGCAGGCCCACCCAUGCCCAGACCAGGGCACAGAAAAAAGCAGCUACAGAAGAAGCAGAAAAACGAAAAAAAGAAGAAAUCAAAGUUCUGCAAGGGCAGCUGGCAGCUCUGAAAGAAAUACAGGCGGAGACUGAGGAAAAAGAGAGCAAUGCUGAGAAGCCCAGGAAGCAGGACAGCCCCAGCAGGAAGGCAGCCCCAACGGACACCCCGGAAGUCCCAGGCAGCCACUACCUGGACAACCUGUGCAUCUUCUGCGGGGAGCGGAGCGCGGCUUUCACGGAGGAGGGGCUGGACCUGCACUACUGGAAGCACUGCCUCAUGCUAACACGCUGCAGCCACUGCAGGCAGGUGGUGGAGAUCGCCAGCCUGACAGAGCACCUGCUGACAGAGUGUGACAGCCGGGACGCCUUCGGGAAGUGCUACCGCUGCAGCGAGGCCAUGCUGAAGGAGGAGCUGCCCCGACACAUAAAAGCAAAGGCCUGCGCCCCUGCCAAAUCUGAGAAGCUGGCGAACCGGUGUCCUCUGUGCCACGAGAAUUUCGCUCCUGGAGAAGAGGCAUGGAAGGCACACCUGAUGGGCCCCGCCGGCUGUACCAUGAACCUGCGCAAGACACAGCCCAAGGCCCCAGCACCACAGCAGGGUAAAGGUCCCACCACAGCCAAGAUGGGAACCUCAGGUACGAAGGUGGGGAGCAAAAUCCCCACCCCAAAGGGCGGCCUGAACAAGAUUUCCAGCAGGACGUAUAGCAAGCAGUGACAUGGCAACUCUGUCACUCUGUGUCCGUCGGGCCAUGUCCUUGCUCUAAAGCCUUUCUCCAGAAAACAACACAGCAGCCCCCGGUCUGCUCUCACUGAACCUUGUGCCUGGCUCUGACCAAAGAACUCCGGGAGCUGAACCCCGAACUGCAUGGGCCUUCGGGUCCCAGAAGCACAGGAGCAGGACAGCCGAGCAAAGGAGUCAAGGGGAACAGGGAUGGGAGAGGCAGCGGCUGCCGAGAGAACUCGCACCCUGCUGCAGCCCCUCUUCCUGCACCGUCCCCAGACCUGUGCUUAGGGCCCAAUUCUCUCACUGUCUGAGCCUGGAAAAAGUGCUAUGGGGAGAACCUGGCUGGCCUCACAUCCCCACCUGCAGGCCUCUGUUUUGGUCCUGGCACAGACACUUCUAGCAAGCCCAGGCCAGCUCAGGUCUAUCACACUGUCCUCUUUCCCCCAAGCUGUAAGUGAGCCAAAGCUUCUCCCCAUGGACGGCAGGUCCCGGGCUUCCUCCAAUGGCCAGGGAAAGAGCUUCCCAUCCACUUGGGGGCGUCUGUCCUGUCCCAUCUCCACAUGGCCAGGCGCUGCUGCAUCUGAGGUUGAGGCUUUCAGGAUGCACUCAGAACCUUAGGACUGAGGGAACUACCGCUCUUGAUUAGUGUUCGGAUGCUUUUAUCCUCAACCAUGUGAAA